GUUCCAACAAAAACAGAGAGACCAUGGUCAAGGCGUCUUCUUCGGAACCCUCCGCCCAAGAGACGGCCACUAGAAUCAAGUCUCUUUUGAAGGAAAUAUCCAAGGAUGAACGCGCCGAUGCAGCCCGUCUGGAUGAAUUGCGGCAAAUCUUGGCCAGCUUGAUCCAACAGGGCGACUUGUCGUUUUCGAAGACACACAAGAAAACAUCGUCAAACAAGAAGAAAUCCUCGUCUGCUACGGAUAAAUGGAAUGGCUGGCUCCAAAAGCAGCAUCAACAGACCGUCACCCAAUUGACCAGUCGGAUUGAAAAGGGGCGACGCACGGCUGUGAGAACCUUGUGGGGAUUAAUGGCGGCUUCUCCCACUGUCACGCCUAAAGGACAACAUGUCCAUUUGCAGGAAGAACUCUUGGGUGCGUGGUUAGCGGCCGUGGUUCAAAUGCCGGUGGAUGUCCGUCAGGACAAACCGCUCAAGCAUUUGAUUGAAGCCGAAUGGAUGCAACGAGAUGUUCAGUACUACGCACUGAGGUGUAUUGCGCAGUGGGCCACGGACAUGUACAAAACAACAAAAGGCAACAAACAGCAGGAAGGCUCCUUGGAACAAGCGGAUCGCAUGCUGUACAUUUUGAUGAUGAUUCCCUUUCCCACGACCCAAAGCGCAUUGGAUAUGCCAGGCAACAAGCAUUUGUUUCCUCCUCCGGAAUCGUCUUCUUCCAGUAAGAAUAAUGAGAAGGAGCAGUCCUACGAAGAUGCCUCGGAUGACGAAGACAGCCAAGAGGAACAAGGCAACAAUAGCAGUGACGAGGAAGAAGAUGCCGAAGAUUCUGAUGACGACAAAGAAAAAGAACUUCCUCCCAAAAAGAAACAACGACACGCACCCAAAUACUUUGCCUAUCAAGAUGUCAAAUAUCAUAAAAAGGCGUUGGCCAAGGCUUGGAUGGCCAUUCUGCGGUUGCCUCUCUCCACGGCUAGUCUGAAGAAGGCACUCCCGUAUCUGUCACAGCAUGUACUGCCAAAAAUCCAACAACCGCUUCGGUUUGCUGAUCUAUUCAUCAAGGCAUACAGAGGUGCCACUGGAAGUGAUGACACUACUCCCAACAAAACUGCCAGUGGUAGGCAUCAACAUGCCAACACUAUCAUUCCCCUCUUGGCGUUGGAUGGAUUGUUUUAUUUGAUGACGCAACAUCAGUUGGAGUACCCGCACUUUUACACGCAACUCUACGCCAUUCUCAAGCCAAAAUUAUUCUAUGUCAAAUACCGCGCACGAUUCUUUGCCUUGCUGCAAAAAUGUCUUCUUCGGAAUGAAAUGCUACCAGCCCACUUGGUGGCAGCCUUUUUGAAACGCAUGUUACAGUGUGCCCUUCAAGUGCCACCGCCGGGCGCACUCUUUGUCUUGGCCCUCUGUUCCAAUCUACUGCGACAACACGAAGAAUGUGCUGCCUUGAUUCAUCGCAACAGCACUCAGACCAGUAGCACCACCAAAGACCCCUACAAUGCCGACACGGACGAUCCCGUCCAAUCGCAUGCCCUGCAAUCAUCCUUGUGGGAACUACACGCGUUGGAGCAGCACUAUCUGCCAGCUGUGAGUACGUUGGCAGCAUCCAUUGGACGAGAAGAUUUCAAAUCACCCAUGUUGCAGUUGGAUGAAAUGGCACAGCAUUCGUACGCAUCACUCAUUGCACAAGAACGCAACCGGCGCAAAAAUAGCAAAGGCAACAAGAGCAACCACAAGAAUACACCCGUGACAUUUACCAAACCGGCAUCUCUCUUUUGCUCCAGUGACAUUUUUGCAGGGAUUCUCCAUGUUCCAGAGGCAGCAACAACGGAAGGAACUAAUAGUACUUGAGAGACCUUUUUUUGUUCAUUGAGGUAUCCUUUUUAUUGUCUCUCGUACUAUGGCUGCUACGUUUACUAUCCUCGUU